AGGAACAUUUAGCGAAGAGAAGUAGACCAAAGCGAUAAUCAUUACACCUUUCCGUUUCGUCCACCCCCGUGUGGUAUAUAAAGCUGUGCGUGAGGACCACAGAAAUCAUCAGUUGUUCACAUUUGUUCUACCAAUCAACAACCACUCAACAUGCAAUUGUUUCUGAUCGCCACCCUCUUGGCCAUGGCUGCCGCCGUUCCAUCCGGUACUCCUUACGCUGGAUACAAGGCUCCUGCUAUUGCCAUUGUUGCUCAAUCCGACGUCCGCAAUGGUGACGGAAGUAGCCAAUGGAGUUAUGCCGGAUCUGACGGAACGACUCGCGAAGAAUCCCAGGCCCAAAAGUCCGUUCCAGGCUACAAGGACGCUUACGGCAAAGACUACGAAUCCGGCGCUGGAAACACCAACAGGGGAUCUUCCUAUUACACCUCACCUGAAGGACAGAAGAUCACUUUGACCUGGGUCGCCGAUGAAGGUGGAUUCCAACCCAAGGGUGACCACUUGCCCGUUGCACCCGUUCACGUUUACGAGCUGCCAGUGGCUCCCGCUCUUCCCUACUCGCGCACUGGACCUGGAUACUAAGCAACCACCCCGCUAUUUCUUCAAUCUUCUUUAUUUGCACAAUGUCGUUGAUGCGGCAUAUUUAGUGAACCCGCAUCCACCGAGUGCAGAGAUAAUAUAUUUUUUCGGGUGUCAACAUUUAAGCUGUACUUUUAUCAUAAUCCUUAACAGCAACCGUGAUCCGACCUAUUCUCAACACUCCCCACCUAUUCCUCCAGUUGAAACACUAAUGGCUUUAAAUCGUUGUUGCAUCGAGGAAGAAUUGAAAAAUAUCGUGUGACCUUUUGAUACCAAUAAAUAGCCAAUUUAACGUAA